AUGCAGAAGUCUACAAAUUCUGAUACCUCUGUGGAAACACUGAAUCCCACCCACCAAGGCACUGGAGCUGUGCAAAUGAGAAUCAAAAAUGCCAACAGCCAUCACAGCAGGCUGAGCCAAAGUAAAUCCAUGAUCCUCACCGAUGUUGGGAAGGUCACUGAACCUGUAUCCCGGCACAGAAGGAAUCAUUCACAGCAUGUCUUGAAAGAUGUCAUUCCUCCACUGGAACAACUGAUGGUUGAAAAAGAAGGUUAUCUUCAAAAAGCUAAAAUUGCAGAUGGAGGAAAGAAACUAAGGAAAAACUGGUCUACUUCCUGGAUUGUUCUUUCUAGUCGAAAAAUUGAAUUUUACAAAGAAUCCAAGCAGCAGGCUCUGUCUAAUAUGAAAACUGGGCACAAACCAGAAAGUGUGGAUUUGUGUGGGGCAUAUAUUGAAUGGGCCAAAGAAAAAUCAAGCAGAAAGAAUGUCUUUCAGGAUAAUCUGAAUUAUCUGUGA